GUUCUUCAUUCUCAUUCACCAUGGCUCAAAGGACAGAAAAAGAACUCCAGGACCUAAUGGACCACUACAAACGAUACCAAAAUAUACCUGUCAACGAUGUGAUUGUCGUAACCCAAAACCAAGGAGCGAACGAUCCGCUUUCAGUUACUCCGGAAACAAAUGAGCAUGAGCAUCGCAACAUUGUAGAAAAAGAACCACGAAGAAUUCUCGAAGAUCCCUUGGCUUUUAUGGUAAACAUGGGUGCGUACUAUCAAGGAAAAGGAUGGCGUGGUUACAAGUCCUACAUCGGCAAUAAGAUCUUUUAUCCCGACUUUUCAAAGAACAUCAAAGAAAAGAUUCUGUCGAGCAAGCAAGUUCAAGAUGUCAUCCAUCAAUUGGCAGAUCGUCAAAACGCAAUUCUCGAAGCAACAAGAAAACCAACAAAGAAAUUCAAAAAAUUGUCACCAGCUGAACAACAGAAGCGUAUUCGCAAACAAGAAAAGGCAUUGUGCCAUGAGUUAGAAAUAGUGGCAAAUGCAAUUGUCGAUAAAUGCAUUUCUACUAUGGAUAAUGUCCGAGUAAUUCGUGUGGCUGUCUUUUUGGUUAACAACAUCUUGGUGCGUCUCUAUCAUCAAGGAAUUCAUAUCAAGGAGAGUGAAUGGGUUGAGCUCAAGAGAGUCGCAUUGAUUGCCCAACAAAACAAGCAAUCUCUCAUACUCUUGCCAUCUCACAAAUCUCAUAUUGACUACCUUGUGGUAUCCUAUGUAAUGUAUCGUCUUGGCAUCCAAGUACCUCACAUUGUAGCAGGUGAUAAUCUCGACAUGCCCGUGGUGGGAAGUAUCCUACGCUCGUGUGGCGCGUUUUAUAUUCGAAGAGAAUGGGGUGAUGAUAUUAUGUACAAGACUAUCCUUGAAGAAUAUAUUAGUAUUCUUUUAUCUGAAGGAAUGAACAUUGAAUGUUUCGUUGAAGGCACUCGUUCUCGACUAGGCAAGUUACUUGCGCCAAAACUUGGUAUUCUCAAGAUCAUACUGGACGCAUUUUUGGAAGAGCGUUUCUCGGACUGCUAUAUUGUCCCAAUUUCAUUGGGCUAUGAUAAGAUUAUCGAGACAUCAAGCUAUGCGGAAGAACUAUUGGGAACUCCAAAAGAAAAGGAAAGCGUCUGGGGAAUUCUCAGUAGCUCUCGCUUACUACAGCUCAAAUGGGGUCGUGUAGAUGUCAGAGUAGCCAAACCAUAUUCUCUCAAAGGCUGGUUAGAAGAACAGUUGAGCAUGCGUGGAAAUAUCGAUCUUUCAGAUACACAUCAAAAAUCUGUACUGUUGAAAUCAUUGGGAUACCGGGUAUUGGCUGAUAUUAAUUCUAUUGCUGUGGUAAUGCCAUCUGCAUUAAUCGGAACGGUUAUCUUGACGCUGCGAGGUCGAGGUGUCGGAAAAAGCGAAUUGAUAAGACGUGUAGACUGGCUCACAAAGGUCAUCACAGACAAAGGUGGACACGUUGCAGAGUCACAUGGCAUGUCGACAAGUCAAAUUGUAGAUCGUGCUCUUACGAUUCACAAAGAUCUCGUUGGUGAGCGUAAGGGUAAAGAUAUUCUUGAACCUACAUUUUAUGGAAUCAAUCCCUUUGAGCUAUCGUAUUAUCGUAACCAAGUCAUACACAUGUUUGUGGAAGAAGCCAUUGCAUGCGUAUCUCUCUACACUGUGGUUAAAUUUGGUGGUGGAAAGGAGUUACAGAAAAUGCGAUACGAUGACCUUUUGGCCGAGAUUUCUUUUCUAUCCAGUAUAUUAAAGCUUGACAUGAUUUACAAGCCAGGUGGAAUUGAGAGCAACACUCAUCGCACUAUUACUUGGCUUGCUGACAAUAAUGUUCUUGAAGUAACGGAAGAUGGCUGGGUUGGAUUAUCAGAUGUAGAACGGGCCUGUGGUCGUGAAAAUUAUGAUUUCUUGUGCUUUAUGAUCUGGCCAUUUAUUGAGUCUUACUGGCUGGCAGCAGUCAGUUUGUUUUCUUUGGCACCUCCAAGCAAGUCAUCAACCAAGGAACCUGUUUGGGUAGAGAACAAACUAUUUGCCAAUAGAGCACAGGCCCUCGGAAAGACUUUAUAUUAUCAGGGUGAUUUGAGUUAUCUGGAAGCAGUUAACAAAGAGACUCUGAACCAAGCAUUUACUCGAUACCAAGAAAAGAAUAUUUUGUUGAAACGACGCCAGGGUAGUCCAAAACCUGUUAGCGAGGUUGCACUCAGCCUUGACUACACUCCGGACCGGGUCAAUGGUGUUCUGUCCCCGAGAGGCCAUCUUUGGGAACUUGUUGAGAGAAUCGGCAAGUUUAGAAGAGAAGGAAAGAACAGAAGAGAUAAUGCUACAGUAAGCACGCGUGUAAUUCGUCUUGCCGAAAUAGUAGCAGAAGACAAUGCUACUCCACCUACUAAAGCCAUUUUCAAGAAGGCUAAUCAAGAUAAAUCCAAGCUUUAAAAAUCCCUCGAUUAUUUUUCUUUCAUUCGCAUCAUUUCGCUUACAACUAUUUUUUGCUUUAUAUUCCAACCACAUAAUAUUAUAUUUCUAAACCCCAUUAUUAAACCAAUAUACUACAAAAUAUUUAUUUUUGGAAUUUUUCUUUAAAAUAAGAAAAAAAAAAGUCAAUUUCUUUUGACAAUG